AUGAGCCUAGCGGCGACGGCGGCGGCGGCGGCGGAUGAGGAGCAGGCGGCGCAGGCCGCGGAGAUCCACUUGCCGGCGGACAUCGACUGGCAGAUGCUCGACAAGUCGAGGUUCUUCUUCCUCGGGGCGGGGCUCUUCUCUGGCGUAUCGGCGGCGCUGUACCCGAUCGUCGUCCUCAAGACGCGUCUGCAGAUAUCUCAGUCCCCGAUCUCGUGCUUCCGCACCGCCGCCUCCAUUAUCCGGCACGAAGGGCCGCGAGGAUUCUACCGCGGAUUCGGCACCUCCAUCACCGGCACCAUCCCAGCUAGGGCACUGUACAUGACGGCCCUCGAGGUGACCAAGAGCAGCGUCGGCGGCGCCACCGUACGGCUCGGCGUGCCGGAGCCGGCGGCGGCCACCAUCGCCAACGCCGCCGCGGGGCUGAGCGCCGCCAUGGCCGCACAGGUCGUGUGGACGCCGAUCGACGUGGUGAGCCAGCGGCUGAUGGUGCAGGGGAGCGGCGGAGGAGGAGGAUCGGCUGCGCGGUACCGCGGCGGUAUCGACGCCUUUCGCAAGAUCCUCAUGGUGGACGGGAUGAGGGGACUGUAUAGGGGCUUCGGCAUGUCAAUCCUCACCUACGCUCCCUCCAACGCCGUGUGGUGGGCCUCCUACUCCCUGUCCCAGAGGACCAUCUGGAGCGGCAUCGGCUACUACCUCUGCAACCAGGGGGGCGGCGGCGGCGGUGGUGGCUACGACGACGGGAGGAGCAUCGUCGCCACCAGCAGCAGCGGCGGUAACGGGCUGACGCCGGACUACAAGUCGGUGGUGGCGGUGCAGGCGGUCAGCGCGGCGGUGGCGGGGGGCAUGUCGGCACUGAUCACCAUGCCGCUGGACACCAUCAAGACCAGGAUGCAGGUCCUGGACGGGGAGGAGGGGGAGGGAGGGAGGAAGGGCCCGAUGACCAUCUCCAGGACCGUGCGAAGCCUCCUCCGGGAAGGUGGGUGGGGAGCCUGCUACAGAGGCCUCGGCCCGCGGUGGGCGUCCAUGUCCAUGUCCGCCACCACCAUGAUAACAACCUACGAGUUCCUCAAGCGGCUCUCCGCCAAGACUUGCUCGCCGGAGACCGGCGCCUGA